UUUUCAUGGCGUGUGUGUCUCUAUCUUCGGUCGCAUCGUCUCCCGAUUUACCCAGUAUGCGGCGUGGUGGACGUAAUCAUGUCGCCUACCGUUGGAAGGGCCAUCGUGAAAUUUCCCAAAUCAGGACAAUCCAACACUUCUCAUCCACGGAACCAAGGGAGAGUCCGCCGAAAAUGAGACAUGAAAACUUUUGCAAACUUGGAGUACGUAGACGUGGACCUGACUUUUGCCGUAUUGCUGCAGGGCUGGACGUCUUCGCCUGCUUCGUUAUCAGUAUCAUCAAUGCGCUCAAAAUAGCAUCUUCACGUCCCAGUCAGGCUCCAAACCCGGAAUUCAUUGCCGGUCAUCCUACAAAAUUCCUUCUAGAAGGCUUAAAAUCAUACCCCAAGGGGGGAUGGCGGAGGCUAAAAAGGUUGUGUCGCGGCAUUCCUUGA